AUGGCUGAUAAUUCCCAAUCUCAGCCAGAGCAAUCAGUGUCAGGACAAAACAAAGCUAGUCCCGACACACCACCAUACCGAAAACAACUCCAACACGAUGCCUAUACCAUCGGAUGGGUGUGCGCCCUUCCAAAAGAACAAACCGCAGCCAGAGCCAUGCUAGAUGAAGAGCAUGAACCUCUCCCAACCCCUCGAAAUGAUCAUAACGCAUAUACUCUUGGCUCAAUACGUGGCCACAACGUCGUCAUAGCCUGCCUUCCUAUACCCGUUUCACCAUGA